AUGAAAAAAUUUGGUUAUUAUUCGGUCUUAACAAAGGAGUCCCGUUGGCCGGUGUUUUAUCAAAUAUUACUGCGGUUCAUCAUAUGGGAAGAAUUACAUAGAUAUGAAGUGAGGCAACGGUUCGGCGUGACAGAGUUUAUGGAACCAAAGAAAGUACUGCGAAGUAAUUUUAGGAUGACGCAGGUGACUGUCGAAGUGUGA